AUGGCGAGCGGCAGUACGAGUUCCAACGUCGUCGGCGUGCACUACCGCGUCGGCAAGAAGAUCGGCGAGGGCAGCUUCGGCGUCAUCUUCGAGGGCACCAACCUGCUCAACCAGCAGCAGGUCGCCAUCAAGUUCGAGCCGCGCAAGAGCGAUGCUCCCCAAUUGCGCGACGAGUACCGCACAUACAAGAUCCUCGUGGGCUGCCCCGGGAUCCCUAAUGUCUAUUAUUUUGGCCAAGAAGGCCUCCACAACAUUCUGGUCAUCGACCUGCUCGGUCCCAGUUUGGAGGACCUGUUCGACCAUUGCAACAGGAAGUUCUCCAUCAAGACUGUUGUCAUGGUAGCCAAGCAAAUGCUGUCACGGGUUCAGACCAUCCACGAGAAGAACCUCAUCUACCGCGACAUCAAGCCCGACAACUUCCUUAUCGGCCGCCCCGGCUCCAAGAGCGCCAAUGUCAUCCACGUCGUCGACUUUGGUAUGGCGAAGCAGUACCGUGACCCCAAGACGAAGCAGCACAUCCCGUACAGAGAACGCAAGUCGCUCUCUGGUACCGCUCGUUACAUGAGUAUCAACACCCAUCUUGGGCGCGAGCAAUCCCGUCGCGACGAUCUCGAGGCACUUGGCCACGUCUUUAUGUACUUCCUGCGAGGUGGACUGCCAUGGCAAGGCCUCAAGGCUGCUACCAACAAGCAGAAGUACGAGAAGAUUGGUGAGAAGAAGCAGACCACUCCCAUCAAGGACCUGUGCGAUGGCUUCCCUGAGGAAUUCAACAAGUACCUCAGCUACGUCCGGAACCUCGGCUUCGAGGACACACCCGACUACGACUACCUACGGGAGCUGUUUACUCAGGCUCUCAAGAGCACCGGAGAGGUCGAAGACGGCGAGUACGACUGGAUGAAGCUGAACAACGGCAAGGGCUGGGAGGUCCUCAAGUCCCACCCAUCUGCUGCGCAGGCGAUGCACCACUCAAACGCCAACCCCAACUCGUCCAUGGCUGUGAAUAUGCAAGGCCAGCAACACAGGCAACAAAAGACGCACUUGCCCAUUGACCACCAUCGUCUUAACGAGCCUCUGCCAAAGCCCGGAGCGACCCGUGCUCAGCCCGGACGAAGCCCACGGGAGAACAUGAACCGUGAUUCGCAGGUGAAGCGAAAGAGCAUGGGCGAGCUUGCACCGCCCGAGGGCGCUUCGACGCAGGCCCAGUUCCAACACAGCCAGCCCAACCUUGCGCAGAACAACCGCGCUGCUCCUGCCAGCAGUCCAAACCCGCAGCAACAGAGGCAACCGUCUGCCGAGAAGCCCAGCUUCAUGCAAAAACUGGCGAAUGCUCUGUGCUGCGGCGCAAGCAAGUAG